AUGGCUGAAAUUUGUGAGUGUGCCAGGACCCAUUGGCCAGUUUAUAAUUGUUGUGUUCAACAUUCUACAGCAGCUGUAUUAGGCUGUAUUUGUAUUGUUGCUGCCAUGAACCGCUGCCUUAAUUACAAGACACCUGCUAAUGCUCGUUCCAACAAGCGCACACGGGCCUUGGAUGCUAUGGUUCAGCCAUACUCAAUACGUGAAACUGGCGAAACAAGUCUUCAGGGUGCACAACAACACGUAGCUAAAAAAAAUAAAAUAAAGCCUAAGCCUAAGCCAAAACCAGAGCCAAAGCCAAAGCCUAAACCAAACAUCAACCCAACUGCUGUUAUUGGUAAGCCGCUGCCAGUUGGCCCUCUGCAAUUAAAGGUGCUGCCUCCCUGUCUGAAGUGUGGUGCUAAAAAAAUUGAACAUGAAACAUUGAAUUUUUGUUGUGGAGAUGGGGAUAUCAGAAUUGCUUCAAAUGAAUACCCUCGUGAAUUGGAGCGUUUAUUUACAUAUGACGAUGAAGAUGCAGUGCACUUUAGGAAAUAUGCUCGGCUGUAUAAUAACUUAUUUGCUUUCAGCUCGUUCAGAGGUGACCAUGAAGCUAAAACUGAAAAGGGAAUUUACGUGUUCAAAAUGCAUGGUCAGAUAUAUCAUUUUCUGCCUGAUUUGUUACCAAAAGAGGGGGGGCCUAAGUUCCUGCAAUUGUAUUUCUAUGAUGGCCAAUGUGAGGCUGUAAAUAGGACUAAGUGUUUUCCAGAAGUUAGGGACGAUAUUAUUGAAAUUUUAAUGAGAGUCACCAAAGACAAUCCAUAUGCUCGGUUCUUUCGGUCUUUAAAAGAGAUCAAUGUAAGUGAGGAUACGCAAAUAGUUAUCAAUCAACAUGCAGUUUUGGACCAACGCGUGUUCAAUGCACCAACAAGUGAUGAAGUGGCUGCUAUAUGGACAGACAGUACUAGUUCUAGCAACUCAGAAGGUCCAUACAUCUGUGUGUCUGGUAGAUCAGAUGACGUUCAUCGAAUAUAUCAUUAUUAUGGAUGCUAUGAUCCAUUGCAGUAUCCUCUUCUGUUUCCCUAUGGUGAUUGCGGAUGGGCACAGGGGAUGUGCAAAUAUUACAGAGACAAGCACCAGCAUGGUUCAGCAGCAGUAGACCCUGUGCCAUGUUUAGUUAACACAAAAGAAGAUUUGCUUGCUGCAGAGGCUCUUCGUGCUUCAGAAAAUAGUGGCACUUUAGAGAGGCAUAUUUCCCCAAGGCAGUAUUAUGCAUAUAAACUUCAAAAUCGCCCGCACAAUAUGUUGUUUCGUGCAGGACAUUAUUCUGUAGAAGGAGGUGAAACAAAUGCUGUAAAUGUUGGCCAUAGAGUUAUUCUUCCUCCAACUUUUAUUGGAGGGCCACGUGAUAUGAAACGCCGAUACUUAAAUGCAAUGUCAUUGGUUCAGCGCUUUGGAAAGCCUGAUUUAUUUGUUACUAUGACAUGCAACGCUAAAUGGCCUGAGAUAACCGCUGAACUUGCUCCUGGAGAACUUGCAGAGAAUCGUCCUGACCUUAUAGCGCGUGUUUUCCGAUCUAAACUUAUCAGCCUUAAACAUGAGAUCAUGAAAAAACAUGUGAUUGGUGAAGUUGAGGAAAUGAUAUAUGUGAUUGAAUUCCAAAAAAGAGGCCUUCCUCACGCUCACUUCUUAAUCAUUCUUAAAGGUGAAUACAAGGUCAAAUCACCUUCAGAUUUUGAUAAGUUUAUGUGUGCUGAAAUCCCUGUUGAGUGUGGCAAUCUUCGGAAGAUAGUCUUGGCCCAUAUGAUGCAUGGCCCUUGUGGCUUGCAGAACCCUUCAUGUGGGUGCAUGAAGAAGCAGGAAGAUGGCUCUAUUGCUUGUAAGUAUAAUUAUCCUAGGGCAUUUCUAAGUGAAACAACAAACAAUGAAGAUGGCUUCCCAAUGUAUCGAAGGAGAAAUACUGGUGAAAGUGUGCGUAUUCGGGGAGCUAACUUAGACAACCGGUGGGUCAUUCCGUACAAUCCCUAUCUAUCAACACUUUUUGACUGCCACUUGAAUGUUGAGGUUUGUUCAACGAUUAAGGCAGUUAAGUACUUGUACAAGUAUGUGUACAAGGGCCAUGAUAGGGUGUCGUUCAGUGUGGCUGGCCAGCAGGAUGCAGAUUUGGAUGAAAUUAAAAACUUUCAAUCUGGUAGAUGGUUUUCUCCAUGCGAAGCAUCUUGGAGAAUUUUUGGAUUUGACUUAUUUGAAAUGCAUCCACCUGUUCAGCUUCUACCUGUGCACUUGCCUAAUAUGCAAACUGUUGUUGUGCACCCAAAUGAAUGCUUAGACACUGUGGUUCAAAAUGAUAAGCGUACACGCACAGCUCUUACAGAAUUCUUUAGGCUGAAUGCAGCUAUCCCUGGUGGUACAGGCGAGGGUGAGAAGUUUUUCUUGCGUCUGCUACUUAUUAAUAUUCGGAGUCCUAAGUCCUUUGAAGAUUUGUUAACAGUGAAUGGGCAAGUCUGUUGUACUUUCCAGGAAGCAGCUAUUAAAAGAGGCUUAAUGGAAGUAGAUGGUGCAGUGGUGGCUUGUUUAGAGGAGGCAUCAGAAGUGCAAAUGCCUAUAGCAAUGAGACAACUCUUUGCUACUAUCCUUAUUUUCUGUCAGCCCAGCAAUCCAAACAGUUUAUGGCUACGCUUUUACAAUUCACUAGCACAAGAUUACAGGCAUGCAAAUCCAGGAGAUGAAGACAAAGCAAGGAGGUUAACUGUAAGAUCAAUUGAACAGUCAUUAGAAGGCAUAGGUAGAUCAUUAGCAGAUUUUGGCUUAGGGCAUUUAAUAGAACCAGAUGAUGCAGAAAUCAGGAAAACCAAAGACAUUGCUGAUGCCUUGGAAGCACCAAUACCUGAUGAAUGCAUUUUUUGCAGAGACACUUUGAAUUCAGCUCAGCAAAUAGCGUUUGAUAGCAUUAUGGAACAUGUAAAUGGCAGCAUUGCUGGCUGCUUCUUUGUGGAUGGUCCUGGUGGGACUAGAAAGACUUUUUUGUAUAAUGCACUGUACGCUGAGGUUCGGCUAGCUCAAAAUAUUUUAUUGCCUACUGCAGCUUCAGGGAUAGCAGCUUCAAACAUACCAUCUGGCAUAACAGCACAUUCCAGAUUCAAAAUUCCUCUUGAUUCAGAGAUAUCUCUUGCAUGUGAUGUUCCUAGACAGGGUAGCCUGGUCGCUUUAAUCAGAGCCACUUCUUUGAUAAUAUGGGAUGAAGAAUCCACGGUACGACAGGAAAAUGUGGAAUCACUGGAUCUGCUUCUCCGGGAUCUCUGUGACCCUGAUCAAGUAUUUGGAGGAAAGGUAGUUGUAUUUGGAGGGGAUUUUAAGCAAGUUCUCCCUAUUGUUCCUCGGAAGUCUCAAAGAGAAGUUGUGGCUGCAAGCUUAGUCAGCUCAUACUUAUGGCCUAAGAUGAUCAGGUUUCGAUUGACAGAGAAUAUUAGAGCCAAACACGAUCCUGCAUAUUCUGAGUUUUUACUGGCACUUGGAAAUGGACAGCUGCAGAAUACUGAGGUUGACUUUGUGCAGUUGCCACCACACAUUGUACGUUGCUAUGACCCGGAAAUUGAUCCUAUACCAGCUGUGGCAUGUGCUGCUUUCCCGAAAGUUGGCAGCAUAGACAUGUGUCCGAGCAUUUUUACAGAGACAGCAAUCCUAACGCCUAUGAAUGAAGAUGUAGAUUCGAUCAAUACUUAUCUGAUUGAACAAUUCCCCGGAGAGCAUGCUUCAUACAAAAGCUUCGACUCUCUUCUUGAUGAUAAUUGUACCCUCUACCCGACUGAAUUCCCCAACAAAUUAUGUCCUGGAGGUAUGAGCCCUCAUGAACUCAUCUUGAAGAUAGACUGUCCUGUUAUCUUACUGCGAAACAUAGCACCAUCUGAAGGUUUGUGUAAUGGAACAAGGCUUAUAUGUAAGCACUUUUUGCCUAAUAAUAUUCUAUGCGUUAUAGCAACAGGCCAUUACAAAAGGAAAUUUUGGUUUCUGCCACGCGUUAAUCUCCGCCCUUCAUCUUCAGCGAAUUAUCCCUUCCAAUUUGAGAGGAAGCAAUUUCCCAUUAAGCUUAGUUUUGCCAUGACAAUCAACAAGUCACAAGGGCAAACAUUGAACAAGGUUGUUGUAUAUCUCCCACAACCUUGCUUCUCACAUGGCCAGCUAUAUGUAGCUCUCUCACGUGCUAAGAAAUCCGAGAAAGUCACUGUCUUCAGCCCAAAGGUAUCUACUGCUUUGUCUGCUUCACAUGUAAAAAAUGUUGUUUCUUAUGAUGUCUUAAGGUUAGCUUCAAUUAUUUAG